ACCUCAGGACGGAUGUGUCCGGUCAGACCUCCACGGAUGGAUGUCGCCUGUCGGGGGACGAAGCUGAGCCGUUAGCCGGAUUUUAGGACACAAACGGACCACCAGCAGCGGCAGCAGCAGGAUGAGCUCGGACGGGGGCGGGCGGCCCGUCAAAGUGGGCUCCCUGGUGGAGGUGAUCGGGAAGGGGCAGCGCGGCACGGUGGCCUACAUCGGCAACACGCUCUUCGCCUCAGGGAAAUGGGUGGGAGUCAUCCUGGACGAGGCCAAGGGCAAGAACGACGGCACCGUGCAGGGCAAGCGCUACUUCACCUGCGAGGAGAAUCGUGGGAUAUUUGUGAGACAAUCGCAGAUCCAGCUGGUGGACGACGGGGCCGACACCACGUCUCCGGAGACGCCGGAGCCCGGCACCGGCAAGGUUCCCAAGCGAGAGAUCCUGGAGACGCCCAAAUCCACUAAACUGACCACGGCCAGAAGGCCCAAGCAGCCCAGCCGACCUGCAGGUGGGAAGGGGGCUGCGUCCGGCUCGGCCUCGGCCUCUGCUGGCGAGAUGAGCAGCAGCGAGCCCAGCACGCCGGCCCAGACCCCUCUGGCGGCUCCGGUCAUCCCCACCCUCCACUCCCCAGGAAACCCUCCGGCCCCCAUCCCCAGCAAGGAGGAGGAGGCGCUGCGUGCGCAGGUGAAGGACCUGGAGGAGAAGCUGGAGACACUGAAGAUGAAGAGGACGGAGGACAAGGCCAAGCUGAAGGAGCUGGAGAAGCACAAGAUCCAGCUGGAGCAGCUGCAGGAGUGGAAGACAAAGAUGCAGGAGCAGCAGGCCGAGCUGCAGAAACAACUCAAAGAGGCCAAGAGGGAGGCAAAGGAAGCACUGGAGGCGAAGGAGCAUUACAUGGAGGAGAUGUCAGACACAGCGGACGCCAUCGAGAUGGCCACGCUGGAUAAGGAGAUGGCCGAGGAGAGGGCGGAGUCUCUGCAGCUGGAGGUCGACUCCCACAAGGAGAAAGUGGACGAGCUCACCAUGGACCUGGAGAUCCUCAAGCACGAGAUCGAGGAGAAAGGUUCGGAUGGUGCUGCCUCCAGUUACCAUGUGAAACAGCUGGAGGAGCAGAAUGGGAGGCUGAAGGAGGCACUGGUCAGGAUGCGUGACCUGUCGUCGUCAGAGAAGCAGGAACAUGUGAAGUCGCAGAAGCAGAUGGAGAAGAAGAACGUGGAGCUGGACGCUCUGAGGAGCCAGAAGGAAAAACUGCAGGAGGAGAUGACGCUGGCAGAGAAGACCAUCGACGAGCUCAAAGAACAGGUGGAUGCAGCCUUGGGGGCAGAGGAGAUGGUGGAGAUGCUGACAGAGAGGAACCUGGACCUGGAGGAGAAAGUCCGGGAGACGAAGGAGACGGUCACUGACCUGGAAGCCAUAAACGAGAUGAACGACGAGCUGCAGGAGAACGCCAGAGAGACGGAGUUGGAGCUGAGGGAGAUGUUGGAUCUGGGCACCACGAAGGUCCGAGAGUCCGAGAAACACGUCGAGGCGGCGCAGGAGACUGUCGCUGAUUACCAGCAGACCAUCAAGAAAUACCGCGAGCUCACAGCUCAUCUGCAGGAGGUGAACAGAGAGCUGACCAGCCAGCAGGAAGCCUCAGCCGAGCUGCAGCAGCAGGCGCCGGCGGAGAUGUUCGAUUUCAAGAUUAAGUUUGCAGAGACGAAGGCCUACGCCAAGGCGAUUGAGAUGGAGCUGAGGAAGAUGGAGGUGGGUCAGGCCAACCGACACGUGUCCCUUCUGACCUCCUUCAUGCCCGAGUCCUUCCUCCGUCAUGGCGGAGACCACGACUGCAUCCUGGUGCUGCUGCUCAUCCCCAGACUAAUCUGCAAGGCCGAGCUGAUCAGCAAACAGGCCCAGGAGAAGUUUGACCUGAACGAGAACUGUGUGGAGCGAGCCGGGCUGAAGGGAGCCAUCGGGGAGCAGCUGAGCUUCGCCGGCGGUUUGGUGUACUCGCUGAGUCUGCUGCAGGCCACGCUGCACAAAUACGAGCAGGCUAUGGCUCAGUGCAGUGUGGAUGUCUAUAAGAAGAUCGGUUCUCUGUACCCGGAGAUGAGCGUCCACGAACGUUCUCUGGAUUUCCUCAUCGACCUGCUGCACAAAGACCAGCUGGACGAGACGGUCAACGUGGAGCCGCUCACCAAGGCCAUCAAAUACUAUCAGCACCUGUACAGCAUCCACCUGGCCGAUCAGAACGAGGACUGCACCAUGCAGCUGGCGGACCACAUCAGAUUUACCCAGAGUGCCUUGGACUGCAUGGCGGUGGAGGUUGGUCGUCUGCGGGCGUUCCUGCAUACGGGUCAGGAGAAGGCCGACCUCGCCGUGCUGCUGAAGGACCUGGAGACGUCCUGCAGCGACAUCCGACAGUUCUGCAAGAAGAUUCGCCGCAGGAUGCCGGGAACCGACGCGCCGGGCAUCCCGGCGGCUCUCAACUUUGGACAACAGGUGUGCGACACCCUCUCUGACUGCAGGAAACACCUGACCUGGGUGGUGGCGGUGUUGCAGGAAGUGGCGGCAGCUGGAGCUCAGAUGAUGUCGCCUCUUGGUGAACAGGAAGGGCUGUCAGCCGUCAAACUGGAGGACGUGGCGUUCAAGGCAGGAGAGCAGAUUUAUGGAUCUCAGGGCACCAACCCCUACGAGUGUAUGCGGCAGUCCUGUGGCAUGGUUAUAGCAACCAUGAACAAGAUGGCCACCGCCAUGCAGGAGGGAGAAUAUGACUCGGAGAAGCCUCAAAACCAGAACCCUCCACCCGUGGAUCUGCGAGCGGCAGCUCUUCGAGCUGAAAUCACCGACGCCGAAGGUCUCGGCUUGAAGCUGGAGGACCGAGAGACGGUCAUCAAAGAGCUGAAGAAGUCUCUGAAGAUCAAGGGAGAGGAGCUGAGCGAGGCGAGUGUCCGUCUCAGUCUGCUGGAGAAGAAGCUGGACAGCUCGUCAAGAGACGCAGACGAACGCGUCGAAAAGAUUCAGACCCGACUGGACGAAGCCCAGACUCUGCUGAAGAAGAAGGAAAAGGAGUUCGAGGAGACGAUGGACGCUCUGCAGGCCGACAUCGACCAGCUGGAGUCGGAGAAGGCCGAGCUGAAGCAGCGAAUCAGCAGCCAAUCGAAGAUGACCAUCGACGGGCUCCGAGGAACCGGAUCCCCGUCAGGGAUCGCUUCCAUCGUCACGGGAGCAGCCAACGUGAUGCCCGGCACCAGUUCCGGUGUCCAGGUGAUCGACUCUCCUCUGCUGACUCAGCAGAUUGAAGCACAGAGAUUCUGCAUCAAACACCUGAAGAACGACAACAACAGACUGAAGGCUGAGAAGAUGCGCGCGCAGCUCGCCGCUCUUCCUCCUCUUCAUGUGACCAAACUUCCCUCCAGAGACAGCGGUCGCCCUGAGGUGCUCACUAGCGCCCUCUACCGCAAGACCGACCAGCUGCUGGAGACUCUGCUGCAAAUGAGUGCCAACGUCAAGGUGGUGGACAUCACUGGGAAAUCUCCGGUGACCCCUGGUGCUCAGCUGAUGGAACAGACGGCUAGAUUACAGUCCCUCAGUGACACGCUGGGCAGACUGAAGGACGAAGUAGCCGAGCACGUCGUGCACCAGCAGCCUGGAGCUCGAGUCUCGUCUGAUUUUGCAACGUUCCCUUCAACCGGGUUUGUUAAGGCGAAGGAGGAGAAGCAGGGCGACACGGUGCUGGUGGGCCGGGUCACGGUGCCCUGUAACCGCGGCCAAGAGCAGGUCCAUCGCCUCGUCCUGUCGCAGGCUCAGCUGCAGAGAGUUCACAGUCUGCUGCAGACCUAAACUCCAGCUGAGAUCCUGCCUGCUGCACCACCUGCACCACCUCCACCUCCUCCUCCACCACCACCACCACCACCACCACCCAACAGCUUGGCAGCCUGGUUUCCACUCCAGGGCCAAACAAGUGAAACCAGGAGGUAUUUCAGAUCACUAGUGGAGCGAUUACAACCUGCAGGAUGUCGUCUUCUUUGAAAUGCAAGUUGAUCUGUGACGUCAGGGCCGUAGUUUGAGACCAGCUUCAUCUCAAGGUCACUUUGGAGCUCUUUGUUUUAACGCUGCCUCGCUUUGGGCUCAGCCUUCGUGGGUGAGGACUGCAGUAAGAGACGAACUGGGAUUGUUUCUCAAAUUUGCUGCUUUUCUUUCUUUUAUUUUAGAACGGUAAACUAAACUAAUCUUUGGGGGUUCAAAAGAAAUCUGAAGAGGCCACUCCCUCAAGACGUUUCACUGUUUCUUUUUAGCAUUUUAGUGACAAAACAAUUAAUCAGGUGAUAAAUGGUUAUAGCCACUACUUGUAGGCCUAACUACAGUUGUUAAUUUCAAAAAAUAUUUACACAAAAUUCUCUUAAAAUCAGGACAACAGCAUAUUAAUUUAGAAGCGUACACUUCCGCAGAGCGAAACUACCAACAUUAAAUAUCAGAUUUGUUCUUUCUGUAAAACUUCCCAAUGACAUUCGGACAUUUCAGAUUAUUCUGUCAUUGACCUCAAAUCAAAAUCAGAUGAGACUGAACUUGGUUUCCAAGGUGAUUUGGAGGUUUCUCACUACAGCCCUGAACACUGUAAAUUAAAGACUGGGCUACAUUUAGUUUUAUGGCCAGAAUAGAAAAGGAAGAGAUACUUGUAACUGCACUGCUGCAUGCUGCCCAGAUUCACAGAUUAUCUUUGUUGUGUAGUAGAAUAUUUAUGAAACUCCUCGUUGGCCCCGGUGUGGACGCUGCACAUUGUGGUUUAUAUUAGGCCAGAACAUCAUUUCUAUGUCACACUGUUGAAGCUACACAGUAUUAGAGGGAUCAUGACUGUGUUGUAAUUUUAAUCAGGUGUCACUGUCGUGUGCUCCAUUUUUAUAACUUAUGUCUAAAGGGAAAGAAGGAUUAUGUGAUUGAGAAGUUGUGGAUAUUUUACUGCGGUUUGAUUAAAGAGACCUUUUGCACAUAUUUCAAGUCCCGAGUGGCCGAUGGAACCACAGAGGAGAACGAAAUCCUCGACGUAACUUUAUUUUACUGACGUUUUGAUGACACUGAUUCUUCUUGUGGUUUGAUUGGACCCGCGUGGACGGCACAGAACUAAAAAGAACAUCUGAUUAACCUCAAGGGAUUUACUGUGUAAAAAAAUGCGGAUAUUAUUAUUUUUGCUUCUACCGAUUUUUCACGUUUUAUUUAAAAACUCAAAUGAAGCGUCACAAAUUAAAUAGUUUAUUACACUUGUGGUGUAAAGUCCAGGAAGUUGUUACCGUCUACUUUUACACGCUAGUUGAACGCUACGGUAAAGUUGCUGAAUUACAAAGAAAUCCAGAAAUGUGUGCAUUACUUUUUGUUCUGCUGAGCGCCGCCUGCCUUACGUUUGAUCGGUUCAGCAACAAGACAUCUCGGCCAAAGAAUCUGUUUCUCUUCACCACGGCUGAUUUUAAAAAGGCAUGGAGUUUAUUAAUCCAUGCUAAUCGUUUUAUUAUUGAUUUGUUAGACUAUGUUUACACAUUAUUGUCAUCACUUUAUAAUUAAUUGAAUGAAUGGACUUCUACAUAACUGUAGUUGAGGAGGGAAAACGCAGACGUUUAUUUAUUUGUUAUUUAUCUGUGCAGCUGAUGUGCAGCUCGUCUUCCCUUUUCCCUCGUGUGGCUUCCUGCUGUUGCACAACCGAUAACCGAUCAAUAAAGACAUUAACGCCAGUG